AUGGACAUUGCUUCGACGCAGUACUUCAAUGUCACCGCUCCGGAACCCGAAACCUCUACUACGACUAUUACGGCUCACAUGACAACGUCUAAGACUGUGGGAAUAUCAACUACGCAAAUCAUUCCAAGACCUACAGUUACAGUUCAACCCACGAACGAAGAAGUGAGUUCAGAUGCUGGAUCUGACUCUGGAAUCUCCAAGGGCGAAACCGCAGGUGCCGCGGUUGGGGGCACCAUCGGCGGUCUGAUACUUCUUGGUGCUAUCGGCUGGUUGAUCUGGAGAAGAUUGGGGCGAAGUAAAAGAAACACAGACGCGUCAAUGGUUUCUCAGAGCCAUCAAGGGCAGGCUAACUGUUCCGAGACAAAGGCUGAGCUUUCUGGUGACCCGGCGGUUGAGGUGUAUCCUUCAGGUUAUGCUAGAAGUCCACCAGGCCUGCAUGAAGCUCCUUGA